AUGAGCAGAAAACCUCUAUAAAUAAAAUUGAACCCAAUUCAGAAAGUAAACCAACAAGAAAAAGUUAAUUCUUGUAAAAAUGAAACUUUUAAAAGAAGUGUAGUCAAAUAUACAAAUUAAACAUCAAAACUAAUAUAAUAGUUAAUUUUUGUCAAAACAAUCACUUAAAAUUAACAGAAACUUCCUCAAAUAAUAAAUAAUGAAAAUUCGUCCAAACAUAAAAAUAAAAUUAUCUAAAUGUAACAGAAACCUAUAUCUGACUCACAUAUAUCAAAAUAAAAUGGUAAGGUUGAAAAUAACAAUUACCAUAAUGCAAUUUUAUUAGGUGCUCCAGGAGUUGGAAAAACAUUUAUUAUGCAUAAAUUAUUUCCAAAUGAAAAAAGUCUAAAAGAAUUUACAUUGUAUAAAUUAUAAGAAUUAUAAUACAAUUUUGUUGACACUUCAGGAUUCGAUUUUGAGAGUGAGAUAGAUUGGAGAGAGGUUCAAAUCAAAAAAUUUUAAGAAUUUUUCAAAUAAGUUGAUAACAGAAUUUCUUCAAUAUUUAUUGUAGUGAAUUUUGAAAGAACUGAUUUAAUGAAAAAAAAAUUGAUUUCUGUUUAUAAGUACUUUAGGAAAUUUGCAAAUCUAAUAAGUAUAGUUGUGACUGAUUUCCAUUUAAGUGAAAGCAAGGAAGAUGAAGAAAACCUAAUAAAAAGUCUGAAAAUAUUUUAACCUGUUGAUGUCUUGUUUGUAAGGGGGGACGUAAAAUCAGAAGAAUUAAUAAUAUAAUUAAAAAAAAAAUAAUCAAAAAUGCUUAUGAAAAUAAACUAAUAUAAUCAAUUAAACUUAAAAGAGACAAUAUUUGAACAAGAUGAUUUUGAAGAACAGAAAAUAUUAAGAACAUAGUUAUUAAACAAAAUAAUAAAUAAGUGA